GUCGACAGAGAGAGGAGGGGAUGGUGGAGGAGUAAUGAUGAUCCACGCAACAAAAGUACAACCUCAAUUUAGACACCGAGAAAGACCGUCAAGACAACGGCUGCUGAUAUGAAAGAAGGAUGGGGAAGUGAAGCGAAAAGACGAUCACGAGGGAUGAAGAAUAUGCGGUUGAGGGAAAACUUCCAGAUGCACGCACAAAACACGCGCGCCCACACACACACACCGCACAACUUUUCGGAGGCAGUGGGAAAAAGUCACAGUAGGGCCCCAACACGGAACAACGAAAUUCUGAUGGACGAAGGGGAGGGAAUAAUUACUUUGGUUUUUUUGUUCUUUUUUCCGGUUUUUUUAGGAGGUUUUUUUCGAGGAGUUUUCGAAAAAGGGAGAUAUGAAAAAGGAGGAAGAAGAGAAAAGGAUGCUGGGGAUAGACAGCAGAGAAGGGUUUUAUGGAUUUUUUUGGGGAAGGAAGAAAGAAGGAAGAAGAGCGGAUGGAGGAGGAAGAGAAGAGACGGCGAAGAAUGAAAAUCGCCCCGAAAAAGACCUUCUUUUCUGACU